AUGGUGAGGAUCUCAGAUGUCAUGGGAUUCUCCAUGUGUGUGAAGAGAUUCAUGCAAAGGAGAAAAUACAAGCGCCUCGAUGAUUUUAAUGGCGGAAGAAAACGAUUGAGAGUAGUGCGGUUGGGAGGGCGUAGAGGCAGGCGAAUUUGGAAGCUCAAAUUCGUGCCGAAGUUGAAGUUCAGAAUUAUUAAGUUGGCUGUUAAUGUUUCUAUAAAAUCAUUGUCUGAAAAAAUAAAAGAUGGGUAUGUAAAAUUGAUGCUCAAUCUUUCUCAUUCUAGAUUUAGGCAGCCUCCUUCACAGAUGCGUAUCGAAGACUUUAAUGAUAAGAUUAUCGUUGAGAUUUAUACAUCUUUUGGAAGAGAGGUCAAAGUGUUACCAUGUCCAUCUUCCAUCAGAGAUGAGAGCAUGUUUAAUCUGAACACAAUUGUUGUUUGA